AUGGCUCGCGACGAACGAUCCAGGAGGAGCCACCGGGACUUUUGCAAAGCACUGGCAGAGGAGACGAUGGAGGUUCUCGCGCGAGGUUGGUACAUGACCGACACUGCAGACGAUCCCGUCGACAUUUCUGUGGCCCUUGAUCGCGCAAUGGAGGGCUCAGAGGAGCUCUGCGAGAAUGUGCCGCUGCGCAGGUCAGCGGCCAGCAAGCACACCUCUGGUAGGCUGCAUGUCCAAGUGACGGAGGAGACGUCCUUGCAGGCAUUGUACAGGAUCGCCGAGGAAGCGAAGGAUCUAUCUGCCACCAUGCUGCUGAACUUCGCCAGCGCCAAGAAUCCAGGGGGAGGCUUCCUUGGCGGGGCGGUGGCGCAGGAGGAGUCGCUGGCACGCUCUUCUGGCCUCUUCCCAUGCUUGGAGCAGUUCAAAGACAGCCUGUAUGCCCGGAACCGCACGGACCCGAACGGCUGCCUGUAUUCAGAUGACAUGAUCUUCUCCCCGUGUGUGCCCUUCUUUCGCACGGAUGCAGGCGCUUUCCUUGACAAGCCAGUUUGCUGCUCUGUGCUCACCGCUGCGGCUCCCAAUGCCGGGGCUGCGAAGGGACCUGCAGUCAAAGAAGUCGUCUCUGUGCUGAAGGCCCGGGUGGUGCGAGUUCUACGCAUCGCCAAAGCCAAUGAUCUUCGGACAUUGAUUCUCGGCGCCUGGGGAUGUGGUGUCUUCAAAAACGACCCGCAGGAGGUCGCCAAAGCUUUCCACGUUGCUCUGGACCUGCCAGAGCUGCGCGGAGCGUUUGAUUACGUCUUGUUCCCGAUCCCGGAUCCGAAGAUGAAGGUGCAGUUCGAGCGAGUGCUGCGACCUUCUGGUGCUCCUCCGACAGCUGCGGCUCCCAAGGCUGCUGCCCAGGCUGUGGCCAAGGUCGCCUCCGAGCAGGAGGAGCUUGCCAACAGUGAGCCUUCGCGGACACGGGAACAUUGUGACGAGGGGCCGCUGCUGACGGCCUCUGGCGAAGAUCUGCAGGAGGAAGAGAUCGCAGACCCAACGAAGGUCUGUGUGGAGCUCGUUUCUUUCGGCUACAGCAGGGGAGCCGGACAGCCGCUCGCAGACCAGCACUUCGAUGCUCGAGGCUUGGAAAAUCCAGACCGCCGUCCUAGGCGGCAUCUCACAGGCUUGGAUGCCCGACUGCGCUCAGAGGUCAUGCAGUGUCAAGGCGCGGAAGAGCUGCUUGAGAAGAUCCGAUCCUCCGCUCUUCAGCAUGCAGCGAGAAGCGAAGGUGCCCCAGUGAGGAUUGCCGUGGGCUGCGCCUGGGGAAAGCACAGGAGUGUCACAAUGUGCGAGGAGGCAGCGCGCUCUCUCCGUGGCGCACGGACACCUGCAGGGAAGAAGCUGUAUGUCCGCAUCAUCCAUCGAGAGCAGGACAGCUGGACCAAGAAGUGCCCUGGCCGACGAUGGCGUCGCCGCAGACAGAAUGACCCCAGCAUGUGCGAGGAGGACGAAGAGGAGGGCCGAGGUGAGCUGCAGCAGCCGGAUGUACAGGACUGA